UCGGAUUUCCUUGGUAAAAGAAGAAGAGAAGUAGGAAGACUUCCCUGUGGCCAAUAAUUCAUUCCUCUUUGGAAACAGUUAAAGGAAAGCACCGUCUCCUGCCUCGACAUGUCUACAGCGUACAAAAACAGGAUACAAGAGUUCAAAGUGGCCUUGGCUGAAGAAAAAAUCAACUUGAAGACACUGAGGGAGCUGUGCUUUAAUGGAAUCCCUUUUGAAGGAGGCAUACGAGCGCUGUGCUGGAAGAUCCUUCUUAAUUACCUACCUGUUGAUCAGACCCAGUGGGAGUCUUUCCUGAAAAAGCAAAGAGAGGUGUACUCCCAGUUCCUGAAGGAGAUGAUCAUCCAGCCCGGCAUUGCCAACGCCAACCUGGGCCUUUCCAGAGAAGACGUGACGAUGGAGGAUCACCCUCUGAAUCCAAACCCUGACAGCAGGUGGAACACCUACUUUAAAGAUAAUGAAAUUCUGCUGCAGAUCGACAAAGACGUGAGGCGGCUGUACCCGGACAUGGCGUUCUUCCAGCGCCCCACAGAGUACCCCUGUCAGCUGAUCCUGGACCCUCAGAACGACUACGAGACACUGCGUCGCCGAGUGGAGCAGACGACGCUGAAGGCACAAACGGUGAACUGCAACCGCAGCGGGGUCACCAAUGUGAGUUCACCUGGAAAGGCGCUGAACCUGUAUCCAUCUAACGAGUACGAGGUGCUGCCCAAUGGCAGUGAAGCCCACUGGGAGGUGGUAGAGCGGAUCCUCUUCAUUUAUGCCAAACUGAACCCUGGCAUCGCCUACGUCCAGGGCAUGAAUGAGAUUGUGGGGCCAAUUUACUACACGUUUGCCACAGAUCCCAACAGCGAGUGGAAAGAGCACGCUGAGGCAGACACCUUCUUCUGUUUCACCAAUCUGAUGUCGGAGAACAGAGAUAACUUCAUCAAGAGCCUGGACGACUCUCAGUGUGGCAUUACCUACAAGAUGGAGAGUGUGUACUCCAUGCUCAAAGACAAAGACAUGGAGCUAUAUCUUAAGCUGGAAGAGCAGAACAUCAAACCACAAUAUUUCACCUUCCGCUGGCUCACCCUGUUGUUAUCUCAGGAGUUCCUCCUGCCAGAUGUCAUCCGCAUCUGGGACACACUUUUUUCUGACCAGGACAGAUUCCAUUUCCUCAUCCUGGUCUGCUGCGCCAUGCUCAUACUUAUCCGGGAUAACUUAUUGGCUGGUGAUUUCACAGUGAACAUGAGAUUACUGCAGGAUUACCCCAUCUCAGACGUCCACACCAUCCUGACCAAAGCCAAAGACCUGCAGGAUACAUCCUAACCUGGUCCUCGUCCUCCCGCCUUCUCUGGUCAUGUGUGGUAAGUGGGAGUCUAAAACAAAAAGGAGAAAAAAGAAAAAAAAAACAUUUGUCAUGUCAAAUGUGUUGUGGAUGGACCUGACCAAUGAAGAGUCUGCACGGAUAUUUGGGACAGCGUGCAAAACUUGGGAGGACAUGCUGAAACUUCCUCGAAAUGAGUGGAGGAUGGAGGGGUGCCUUGUGUCAUAAUGCAUUAUGGGAAAAGGCUCCCUUGGUACGUGCCUGUCCUGCUUUCUCAGCCAUCUCUCCCGUGGAGACAAAUGAAGGUCUGUAGGGAGGCGGGGCCACAGUAAUCCUACACUACCAAUCGUAACCACGUGUUCAACGAAGGAGCCAAGAAUUCAAAGGAAACUCCCACUGCGAUCACGUAUGUAGUCCGAUUGAGUUUAACUGUGUUGAGCAGUAUGUGCAUGUUUGUUCUUCUAAAAAAAAAAGUUAAUUUUCAAUGAUUUUUGCUGAUGUAAGAAACAUGUAUGCCUUAUCUUUUGAAGGAUGUGAAAUGGGAGAUGGCAUUUCUGUGUAUAUAUUCACUCUGACAUCAGAAACAUGAAGCGAUAGUUUCCGCCUGUUAUCAUCUCAGCAAUGCUUUCUAACCUUUUGGAGAAUCACAGCAGAAGGAAACUGCUGUUGAAAGAACGGUGUUGUUUUUUCAUACUGAACAUUAUUUUCACAGCAGUUUUAUUUUUUUCUUCCUCUAGCCCAAAGAAGCAAGUCUCACAACUACGUUGGGACCAAUGUGCACUUAAUUUUAAUAGUAAUGAAAUAUUAACAGUAUGGUUUAGUGAAGUUCUUAAUUUUUGAUCAGCAAUCAGUCCAGCUUCUGGAAAUUGCCAAUUUAGUGUCAUCGACCAAUCGGAGGAAAUGUAUGAGGAGCUAAAAUAGCUUGUUUGAGACAGAAGGAUUAACUGAGCCCAGUGUAAGAUAAAGAAGGAUUAUUCUUAUCUAUGAAUCAUGCACAGUUGCUCAAGUAACUUAAAAUGAAAAGAGGGUGUUUUUUUUGUUUGUUUGAUGUUUUUGGAUAGUGAGGAAUUAUCUUUACAUAGCAAUGCAUCAACCACACAGCUGCCUUUUAGGCAAACUUUCUAAAAGUUGGCAUGAAACACUUCUUUUCUCCUGUUCUUUACAGAGUGCAGUUGUUCAGUCAGAAAGGAGGCUUGGCUGUUUAUAACAAAAUAAUAGCCUUGCUAAAUUGAAGUUAAUCACUUUUGGUUUAGACUGAUGAUGUUCAGUGUGAAAACGGCAUCCUGGCUCAUUGCACUUUUCUCUUCUGAUGUGCACGUCUGUGUCCAGCCUUGAGCUUGUAACACGUCAGUGAGGAGAAUCGAUGCAGAAUCAGAAAAGAAGCGAACUGUUGAAGCUUAUUGAGUGAUGACGCUCAUAUGAAGGCACUCUGUGUGGAUAUUUGAUCUGAACACGAAUGAAAAGAGGUCAUUCUAACUCUAAGAAUUUGUAAUGUGGCCCUACAUGCACAGGCCUAGCAGGCACCAGGCCCAGGGCCAUUAAAGUGCAGUGUUUAUCGUCUUUACAAACACUUCUCAGAAGUUGGUUUGGGCAUUAAAUAAUCUAAACUUUCCCUGUCUGCUUUUUAUUUUCUGCUUCUAAAAAUUAAACCUAAUCUUCCACACUAUAGAAACAUUACUUUUCUUCAUUUACUUUUACCUACAGUCUGUAACAGUGCUGAACUUUGAGGAAGUGUUAAGUUGCUCUUUCACUUAAACUGAAAAGAUUAUUCUUGCUCAACUUAUCAUAAUGAAUCAAAGUGGACCUGUUCUUCUUUUCCUGUUUCCUGUCUCAUAGUUCCUGCUCCAGUGGUGGAUGUUCAUAUUAAACACGGCCAAAGUUAACAAAUAACAAGGUCAGUGUACAGUUAGUCCCUCUGACACCAAAGCUCAGGCUGCAAAAUGCUCCAAACACUCAUUUUUUUUUUUCUACUUUUGGACUUGCAUGAAGUCACAGAGAAGGGACGUCCCUAAUACAGUCAUGUUAAGCACAGACGACCCACACACUUCAGUUGACAAGGGGCAGUCAGUCAGAAUAAAGUUGGCUUAAAGGGGGAGGAGCUAAAAUGGCUAGCUUGAGAUCUAAAGGUCUGCUCCAAGGCUCCGUGUAAAAUAAAGAAGUAUUAUUUUGAACUGUGAAUUAUGCAAAGCUCCUCUUGUAGAGUUCAGGAAAAAAACUGGAGCUGGAAAUUAGAACAAUGCAUCCACUUAAAUCUAAAACCAGUAAAAUCUCAGAACCUGAGAAAUGGCUGUUUUGUUUUAGUUUUAGUGACCGCUUUUAACUGUCAGACUUAAUAUAACACUAACUGUUAAUCUAACAAUAGCUUCAUAUGUAGGAAAAAAUUAAUGAAUUACACAUAAACUGCUUUAACACUUUGAGACGAUAAAGUCAACAUUUGUGAGAAAAAGGUGAUGAGGUGAAUCCAGAUAGAAAGUUUUUCCUGAUGGGGAAAAACACAAAUCUUCUUGCAAAAUUAUGACUUUAAAAUGUCAUUUUGGCUUCUUUUUUUCUUUUUUUUAAAAAACAAAAAAAAAAAAAACUACUUUAAUGCUGAACUUUUUUUUUUCUUUAAAUAUCACUCUUCUUUAAACCUGCAAUGGCCCAUACAUUCUGCUGUAAAAGUGAUCUUAAGGUGUUUUCACACCAACGCUGUUUAGUCUGUUUAAAUCGAGGAUGUGUGAACAUGGUGAUCACAGCAAAUCAACCACACCGAGACCCUUUGGAGGUGGUGGUCACGGUGCGGUUCGUUUAUGGUGGCUAAAUCAACUACUAAGAUAUACGCUACAAGUCUGAGCUAAAAAACGUAAAAGAGUAAUAUAAGGUUGGAGUCACAGUACAGACACAUCUGGUUGCUGAGUGGACCGAACAGUUCACUUGUUUUCAUCUCUGUGUGAAAACAGACCAAAACACAGGGAAAAUCUACAAGUUUACAAACUCAUCACUUAUUUAGACCAGAUUAAACGAACAAUAGGUGUGAAAUCCCCCUAAACUAACAAUAGAAAUCAAUAUUUAGUCAAGCUGGAGAUGGUAUGUCGCACUUUAAAUGAAAUGACAGAUCUCCCAAAAUCUGUAUUUUCAGAUUGUCUCAAGUAAUCUGAGCUGUUUUUGUAUUUUUAUUAAGGAAAACUGGAAUCAUUUUUUUCUGUACAAUAAUUUCAGUUUAUUUAAUGAAGCUGUGCAAAAUAUUAGGCUGGAAAAACACAUUUGAGCUCUGUUUUAAAAACUGCAACCAGAUCAGUAUUAGACCCACUACAGGUUUCAUAAUGUGAAGCCACAAUCAGAUCUUUAGUCAGCAAGAUUUUUUUUCUAAUCUUUCCUGACAAUAAACUGCAGAAAACUUCAAAAAGUGCAGUUUGAGUAAAACUUUCAAGGCUCAUAUCACCAUGUGAGAUAUAUGGCUGCUUAAAACAAGUGAUAACAUAUGACCGGCCUCCUUUCUACCUGCACUUUGAUACCAGGGUUGUCCUCCAGCUGUGACUCCUGCUGUUUAAAUGGGUUUUUCAACCACAAAAAGAUUUAGAUCUCAGAAAUUCUGGAAAGAUUAAAUAAAUAAAUAAAAAAGCACCAAAUUUCAUCCCAGUUGCUGAGGUUCAAUGUCCUGUUACUGUACAAACAGCCAUGGUGCUAAGAUAAAAUUAUAAGUAGCUUCAAUAAAUGCACUGGCGUUAUUGUACAAACAAAAAUGAGCUGAUUCUGAGGAGGUCCGCUGGGAACCUUUCUCAUAUUUUGCUGAUUUUACAUCAAAUCUUCCUCACUUCUUGUUGUACUUUCUAACCUCUUACUGUCCAUUGAGUAGUUAAGGGUUCAGUCAGAUCUUCCUUUUCUGUUUUAUGUUAUAACAGACGAACGUUGAGGCCAAAAUUGCUUUGAGAGUUGACUUGAGAGGCCCACGUGCUGUUUGUUUAAGCAUGUUUGUUAACAUGCUUAAAAUGCAACAUCACUGUGACUGAUACGAGGUUAAAGAUCAGUAAUCACGUUAAAAAUCUGAGAUUAGUUUUUCCCCCAAAUAAUCACAAUUAUGAUUUUUACCAUAAGUAGCCCUGCCACAGCUACACAGGUUGUUCACAUUUCUGCUGACACUGUUAAAUCGAUCUUUCAUGUUUCUGACUCCGCAAGGAACAAACGCACAACUACACUAAUCUUUGUUUCCUGACAACCUGCAGCUGAAGUAAAAUCUGCUGUUUUUGGGUUUUUUUGCAUCUCAAGAAAAAGCCGGCAUGAAAAUGAAAGUAUUGAAGUGUAUUUUAGUCUCAUUAAACCACUUCUGAACAUCUGGAAUAUUCUGUUCAGUGUGAAAGAGCAAGUUUACGAAGACCAAAAUUAUUCUGUAUUUUUACCAUGUUGGGAUUUUUUUUAUUUUUAUUUUGAGGGACUGUUACUAGUUAGAUUCCCAUGCUCCUCUUUUAAUGUGUAUUUAUUUCGUGUGUGUGUGUGUGUGUGUGUGUGUGUGUGUGUGUGUGUGUGUGUUGAAGGGAGGGGGUGAUGUUCUCUAUACUCUCAGUCUUAUAUCAGUUAUAUGCAUGGAAUGGAUUUUGUAAGAUGAUUUUUGUAAAACGUCUCCAGUGUUAAGACUUGUAAAUAUGUUUUUACAUGUUUGCAGACGUGCAUUAAAAUAUUAAAAUGAACAAUGGGA